CUUUAUCUAGCUUUAAAUAGCCAUCUCUUGAAAUUAGCUUCCAUGCAGAGGGAAUUUAUUUCACCACUCACUGUUAAAAUUACUAAAGAUAACCAUUUUGUUGAAAAAGAGAUUUUUUCUUCCAUACAGAAGGGAUGAAUAAGAAAAUUUGCAAGUCAAUGCCUUGCCCACUGCCAUUUCUUUUAUAGCAACAGAAUAAAUUACGAUCAGAUCAUGCGCGAAGUUUGGGCUUAAGGAAGUUGGAAAAAAAGCCUGGCAGAGUAUUUAAACCCCAUAAACUGAGGUUCAUUCAGGUGUACACUACAGUUUCAUUUCAGUUCAACUCAGGUGCUCUGUCGCCAUUAACUCAUAAAGAUCAAAUGUUUGCCCCAAACACAAACCAGCUCAGCUUCACUCAGCGACUGGAUCAAAACGUGCACACCAGCUUGCUUGUUAGCCGCGAAGCACCGCCGUAUUUCCAAGAUAACAUUAUGAUGGGAACAAGUACAGGCUGUUUCACAGAUGGCAACACAUUUAACGGGGACACAAGCAAUGACUCUGACUUCGCCAAAGGUAUCUAUAAUUUGCGUCCGAGAGGAGCUCUCACUCAUGUUCCGGCACUGCCGAAGUUUGAGCAAGAGGAAACUGGCCCCGCUCCGCCCGUCAAACCGAAGCGACAGCGCAACUCGCUGAAGAAACGUCUUCUUGUGAAUGCUCGGGAGCGCGAUCGAAUGCGUGUUUUAAACAAUGGAUUUCAAGCGCUUCGGGACGCUCUGCCCUGUUAUAUCGCCGACGGACAUAUGGCCAAGAUAACUACUCUUCGUCUUGCUAUAAAUUACAUCAAGGCAUUGAACGAAGUGUUGAACGAAGAACCACCGCCUGUCUCGAGAUGUGCUCCUCACCGCCAGCCGCCAACCUCCACUGUUCCCUGCAACACCAGUAUGAUUGGAAUCGCUGCUGACCCAGGCCAUUUUAAAACACCUCUUCCAAUUGAUGUUCGUCAUCCAAACACACGGAUUUAAAAGAGGACCACCAUUCGCAUUUUGCAAACAUCGCCGCAAGCGACAAAAUAGAUAUUGAUUUUAAACGAUGAUAAUAUGAUAUUCCUUUACUGAGAAUGCAAGAAAACAUUCGACCAACAAAUCGCUAUAUAAACACCUUUUGUAUUUGUAGAUAAACAACUCAUUUGCGAUAAAAUGUGCGCCAGAAUAAGGCUGUUGUCAAACAAAACGUAAGCUGAACGCUGAAUUAUUCAUUUUUUAUGUAUAUCCUUCGAGCACGCGCCCUUCUAGCUUCGUCCUUCUCACAAUUUUUGUAAUUAGUCGAAAAAUUCUCGCGCUAUCUUCCCAACAGACCAACUUUCAACUGCUGUAAACGAUUGAAGGAUAAGUAAAUAAAGUUUGUAAACCACAAGUUGCAAA